CAUUAUCGAGAUUCCUCUGAAACACAUCUUAAUUCACCACUAAUGGCUGAAACAAGCAUCGGUAACAGCCCGAAAAGAUGUGCAGUUGUAACAGGAGCAAACAGAGGGAUUGGACUGGAGAUAUGCAGGCAGUUAGCUUCUCAGGGGAUCACUGUGGUGUUGACUGCUAGAGAUGAGAAGAGGGGACUUGACGCCCUUCACAGGCUCAGAGAUUCAGGUGGUCUUUCUGGUGAUCUGCUCUUCCAUCAGCUUGAUGUGGGGGAUUCAUCUAGUGUUGCUUCGCUUGCUGAGUUCAUCAACACUCAACUUGGAAGGCUUGAUAUCUUGGUGAACAAUGCAGGGAUUGGUGGAGCUAUCGUAGACGAGGCUGCUAUAAGAGCUGCUGCUGUAAGUUUUUGUGUAACAUAAGUUGGUGCUGAACCAGUACACAAUUUGAGGGUAGAAAUAAGAGAAAUAAACUGAAAAUAUUAUUCAUGGCGUUCAGAAUUAAAAAAAAAAAAAAAGAUCAAACAAGUAGAUGAGCAGACAGGAAACAUUUACUAAGGCUAUUGGUUAUUUGGCUAGCUUCCCAUUAAUUUCUUGAUAGCAGCAGGUAAGUCGCACUAUUGGGAAGAAUCAACUAAACCAGAAAUUGAAGUGUUGAACUUCUGAAGACUUUGCCUCUCUGUUAACUUUUCACAUCUCAUGCUCUUUUCCUGCAUUCCUGUUCUAAAGUGAUACUUUUUUGAAGAGGAUGCUUGCAGGUAAUGAGGGCGGGUCUGUGGGUUUCAUACACUAAUUCCGUUUAGUAAGUGUCCAAUUUGACGCUUCUAUGUUUAUGUAGGCUUCUAUGUUUUCAUCAAUGUAGGCAGCAGGAACUGAAAUUAACUUUGAAGAGAUAGCAACCCAGACAUAUGAGUUGGCAGUUUAAUGCUUGCAAACGAACUAUUAUGGUGCAAAAAGAAUGGUUGAAGCCUGUGUUCCUCUUCUCCAAUUAUCUGAAU